CAGCUUCCAUUUCUGAACUGAAGGUAAGCCGCCGCUCUCGCGCAGACUCCUCGCCUUUUUUAUAUAUUCAUUUAAGUAAAUAAACUAGGUUAUCCGUCGUAAAUUAGGACCAUUGCUUAAAGAUAAUGAGUAAAACAGCAGUUUUAGUUCAUCGUGGUAUGCUGUUUGAGUAGUGGCUGGAACUGUAGCUGGCAUUUUAUUCCCCAUUUUAACUUUACUAAGCGGCGUUUUCCGCCGUUUUUUUCUUUUCACCGCCCCGCUCACUCUACCCCCUUGUGCGUGAGUAGGGGCCUGCGACGUUGGUUUGGCCACGAGGCGCGUCGGUACAGUUGGAACAGGGCGAUGGCGGAGUUCGGUAACGGACUGGCGGAGGAAUCCCUACUAGAUUCAGACGCUGGACAUCCCGAACUGGAAGACCCGGGUGUCGGUGACGAAGAACCGGGUUUAGAAGAGGGAGAGGCCGCAAUUGAAGACCCGGAGCUGGAGGCAAUCAAAGCCCGGGUGAGAGAGAUGGAGGAAGAGGCAGAGAAGCUGAAGGAGCUCCAGAACGAGGUGGAGAAACAGAUGAAUCUCAGCCCCCCACCAGUCGGCCCUGUCAUCAUGUCCAUCGAGGAAAAGAUGGAAGCAGAUGGCAGAUCUAUUUAUGUCGGAAACGUGGACUAUGGUGCCACGGCAGAAGAGCUGGAGGCCCACUUUCAUGGCUGCGGUUCAGUAAACAGAGUCACCAUUCUAUGUGACAAAUACACAGGGCAUCCCAAAGGGUUUGCCUAUAUUGAGUUUGCAGACAAAGAGUCUGUUAGGACAGCCAUGGCUUUGGACGAGUCCCUUUUCAGAGGAAGGCAGAUAAAGGUGGGCGCUAAGAGAACAAACAGACCAGGCAUCAGCACCACAGACCGCGGCUUUCCACGGGCUCGAUUUCGGUCACGGGGAGGAAGCUUCUCUUCACGUGCACGCUACUACAGCGGCUACACACCACCCAGAGGCAGAGGACGGGCCUUCAGGGGCCGAGGGCGAACAACAUCGUGGUAUUCCCCUUACUAAACACCCCCAACACUCCCUUACUAUCAACCCUCUCCCCUCUCUGUUCACAUUUAAGAAAAGAAAAAAAAAAUUAAAGAAAAACCCACACAGAAUGACAAGUCCCCCCCCCCCCCUUCCCCAACAUAAAAGAGAGAACCCCCGAAGAGAGAAAAAAAGACAAAAAAAAAAAAAAAAAAAAACCUUCUCCUGGACAGAGAGACUGGCUGCCGCAGUGUGCGAUUGUGUGUGAGUGCGUGUGCGGAGGUUGAUGCGGUCACACCUGGUAAGGUAUAAGUUGGCCAUUGGGGAAAGAAUACAGUGGCAGAUUUCUUUGUUUUUUGUUGGUUUGGGGGGGGAGGGGGGGGGGGGAGAGAGAGAAGAUGGUGGUAUCUCAGGCUGCAGAUGUGUCUCCUUUGGUCUGGCUGUGACCUCCUGCUUUCACACCAUCACCAACACAGCCCACCCACUCACCCUCCACCACCACCAAAAAAAGAAAAGAAAAAAAAGAA